AUGUCACGAACCACAACAGUUAGAAAAUAUGGAAAGCAAGCAAAACGCUCCAAGGCAGAGCGCCUUUUCGCUGAGCUACCUCAAAGCCCGAUACGACUGCCACCAAAAGGAGACCCAGACACCAAGGAGGAUUCCAUCUCUCUUAUCACAGAGAAAGUAUCAAAGAUAAAUAUCGAAGAAAAGACAACUACCAAACGGAAAGCUCGAUCAUUGAAAAAGAUCACUGAAGUUGUUCCAGAGGCACCAAUUGAGAUUACAGAGGUUAAAGAGGACAAGAACGCCACAGCACUUGACAAGGAGCACACCCCUGAGCCUGAGAAAGACGAACCUGAGCUCGAAGAACCAGCCCUCUCAAACUCACCCACAGAGGAAGAUGAUGAGUUUGAACUUUCAAGACUAGUCCAGGCUCAGAUAGCCGAGGAGGAGGCUGUACACAACCCGCAACUACGCACUCUCACCUGGGACGAUGUUUGCCUUCCUGGAGAUAAGAUUGAGAAGAUAGCCGAAGCAUCAUAUGCCGAAGUGUACCGCGUUACCAACGACCGCGGAACAAGUAUCAUCAAGGUCAUCCGCCUACCAUCACCCAUCAAACCUCAGACCAAAGCACAAGUAAAGUCCGGUCUAGUCGACGAAGAGCCACAUCCCGAGGAGGACAUUAAAGGCGAACUGCAAAUUUCGGAGUGGCUGGCGGAUAUCCCAGGAUUUGUCGUUUAUAAAGAGCGAUAUGUUGUUCAAGGCAAGACGACAAAACAACUCCUCGAGACGCAUCAGUCAUUCCAGAAGAAGAUGAAGCGUCAGGACCCCGGCCGAGCUCAGUUUUAUCCUUCUCCAAGCAGAUAUUUGGACGACACACGAUUUUUAGUGGUCGAGCUUGGUGAUGCUGGAACAUCAUUAGAAGAUUGGAAGUUGACUACUGAAAGCCAACUUUGGGAUAUAUUUUUUCUGCAGGCGAUUGCUUUGGCAAGAGCUGAGGAUCUUGUUAUGUUUGAGCAUCGUGAUCUUCACGAGGGUAAUUUAUGUAUCCGCCAAGUGAAGCCGUCUCGAAAGAUGGGCCCUCCAUCAGCAGGAUUCUUUGGCUACUCGGGUCUGGAUAUCACUAUUCUGGACUAUGGCCUUUCCCGUGGAGAGGACCUAUCAGUCGACGAUUCAGCGCCAGUGGCUUUCGAUCUUGAGAGAGACCUCAGCCUUUUCACCAGCACACAUGCAGAUCAAUGCAAAGUCUACCGCCAAAUGAGGUCUUUUCUCCUCCGUGCAGACCGAACAUGUCUACCGCCCGAGGCCCAUGAUACACCUUAUGCGAAAGGUAUUGAUGGGCCAUUAUCGUGGGAUGCCUACGCACCGUAUACGAACGUGCUUUGGCUAGCAUACCUUUACGAAUACAUCACUACUCAUUUCAAGGGCGACAAGACAGAGCUGGCUCGCUUCAAAGACGAAACAGAGGAGCUGUGGGAAUACCUCAACCCGGAUGCGGGAGAGGACGUGCCCUGCUUCGGUUGUGCUGCAGACGUGGUGUGCUUUGCUGUCGAAGCGGGCUGGAUCCGCCAGGAUCAACUGAAUGGGGCUGAUGAGUCGAUCCUGCAGCACGAAGACAGCAUCAUUGCUCCACGAGAAGAAACCAAGGUUGUGAGUCAAGAGAAAACGCCGAUACGGAGGUCAACGCGGUCAACACGCAGGAAAUGA